GCGCGGUUGGAGGACGGUUCCGGAGAUCACGUUCGCAGCGGCCUUCGGUCUCCCGCGCUACAUGAAGCCCGGCGGGGAGGCCCGAGGAGCGCGCGGCGAGGGGCCGCGAAGGCUAGGACUCUGCGUCCUCUGCGGCCUGCCCGCGGCUGGAAAGUCGACCUUCGCGCGGGCCCUCAGCCGCCGACUACGGCGGGAGCGGGGGUGGACCGUCGGCGUUGUCGCCUAUGAUGACGUUAUGCCGGACGCGUUCCUCGAGGAGGCAAGCGCACGGCCAUUGCCAUCCCAGUGGAAGUUGCUUCGACAGGAACUGUUGAAGUACAUAGAAUACUUCUUGCUGGCUGUCAUUAAUGGGUGUCAGAUGUCUGCCCCAGCCAACAGGACAGAAGCCAUGUGGGAAGAUUUUAUAACCUGCUUAAAGGAUCAAGAUCUGCUAUCUUCUGCAGCACUUGAGGCCCAGGCUAGCUACCUCUUGACGAAGACUGCUGUUUCUGGACCUUUGUUUUUGAUUUUAGAUGACAACUUUUAUUAUCAAAGUAUGAGAUAUGAAGUCUACCAACUGGCUCGGAAAUAUUCAUUAGGCUUUUGCCAGCUCUUUAUAGAUUGUUCUCUCGAGACCUGUUUGCAGAGGAAUGGCCAGAGACCUCGGGCGCUGCCUGCCGAAACCAUCCAACUGAUGGCGAGAAAGAUAGAAGAGCCGAGCCCUGGGAAAAAUGCUUGGGAACACAACAGCCUCACCGUUCAGAGUCCAGCAUGCCCCUCCGAGGCCAGCCCCAAGGUGACUGACUUAUUGCUUACUGCUCUGGAAAAUCCAGUGAAAUGUGUUGAGGACAACGUGGAACAAAAGGAAACAGACAGAAUUAUUUGUUCAACUAACAUUCUUCAUCAAGCUGAUCAGACACUGCGAAGGAUUGUCUCUCAGACGAUGAAGGAAGCAAAAGAUGAACAAGUGCCUCCUUACAACUUGAAGCUUCUAGCAGAAGAACUUAACAAGCUCAAAGCAGAGUUUUUGGAAGACCUAAGACAAGGAAACAAAAAAUAUCUGUGCUUUAAACAAACUACUGAAUUAUCAGAUGUUAUUUCUUUUUUUCAUUAUGAGAAAGAUCGCAUUGUGCAGAAGUAUUUUUCGAAACAGCAUUUAAAAUUCUGAAUUUCCAAUCAAA